AGAUCUGUUUUACACAAGAGUUUUCCCAAGCAAGAUGUUUGAUGUUCUGAAGGAUGACUUUGACCACUACCUCAUCUUAGGGGCACUUUUGGCUCUCUCAGCAGCGGCUCUCAUCACUCGGAAGUUGGCACAGCGUAAGGCCCUCAAGCAGGCCUGGAAGUAAUGUGAAAGCCAAAGCACCUGACGCUAGCAUUCAUUUUUGCACAUAGGAUGUAACCAUUAUUCAUCAAGCUAGUCUCCUCCAGUCUUGUCAUCUAACAAGUUCCAUUCUUAUUGAUGUUUAAAUUCAGAAUAUUAUUAUUUUUUGCAUUGUUCUAUCUUUCUCCCCCAUAUCCAUGAUCAUGAUUUAUGCAAUAUUCUCAUAUUUAUAUCAUUGUGAUCAUAUGGCAAGAAGAACAUAAGGUUUUUCCGUAUGUUGUGUAUAUAAAGUCUGCUGCUUUUUAUAAGGAGAGAUGUGUAUAUUUGUUGUAGAUGACAUUUUAACAUAUUGGACACAUUACUCUGAAAGAGGCUUGUGUAUAUAGUCAUUGACACGAAUCUACAGAUUUACCUAAUAUGGUAAAACAAGAAGAAAAUGUUCAUGUGCAAAGUUUUGUGGAGUGUAAGAACUAGAAAAUCAAAAAGAGAGACUGUAAUUAUAUGCAAGUGAUUUCUGUAAAAUGAAAUUUGUGAGGUUAAUUUUACAUAUUACAAGUAGUAUGACUCUUUGUGAGAUGUAUGUUAUUGUUCUUGUUGAAUUUCAGUGCAGAUGCAAAGAAAAGGGGAGAUAUUAAGAAAAGGGGACAAAUAAAGAUGAAUUACAUCAUAUCUGUACAAGGAAAUGCAGAAGGCUAAAUACUGAAAGGUAAUGAAUGAGAUACAAAUUAAUAGUAAUUGAAUCAUUCAUAUGCCCAGAUUUGUAUUCCACCUUCAGUUUUAGUAUUUGCAGAGUAUCAUUCUUUAAUAUCACUGUUGUUUAUAUUUUUUUAAACCUCUUGUAUUCUGUUAUAUUAGAGUAAUGUAGAUGUUAAUACCAUAUUGUUUUAUUUUCUCUGGUAAUAAAACUUUGUAGUUUGUAUCCUAUUUUCCUGCAUUUUUUUCUUUUUACCGUAAACUGCUUCCCUUUCGUUAAGGUAAUGAAUGGUUUACCCCUAUUGCAGAACCACUCUGCACUACUUGUCUCGUAUUUAGAUUUCGUUUUGCUGUAUUUGAGAGUGGCAACCCUUAUGUAGUUUCAGAAUGUUUUCACUUCAUCCUGAAGAAAAGGUACAAGCAAGGUAAAUGGGUUCUCGAGAGAAAAUUUCUUCAAAUGCAUUGCCCUCAUAUAAAAGUGCCUGAAUGCUCUCAAGUCCGAGAAUAAGAUGAAUGUAUUUGGUUUAAGUCAUCUUGUAUGAUGUUUAUCAUUUGUAUAUACACUGAUAAGAAUGUGCUUAUCCUAAUUAUCCAGAACUGAUGGUGAAGAUAUUUAGGUGUCUAUAACAGCCAUGUAUGUUCCUGUAGGAUAUUUUUUAAAGGUAUGUGUAUUUGGUCUCAUAACCCAUUCACUGAUGCCAGUGGUUGAGGACAGAAAUUCCACCUUUUGGUUUUUGAAUAUCACAAUUUCUGGUGUGGUUCCAUUCUCUGUAGUGCUGUCUGAGUUAUUUGCAUUGUUUCUUAUAUGGAGUUACCAUGAGAAAUCAGGAUUAUUUUUCUAUUCAUUUUCAGUGUUUUACAGUUUGAUAUGAAUAUUUGCCUCCUUUUGUAUCAUUUUAAAAUGUGUCAUUUGCCAUUUGAUACAAAUCUGUAGACUUGGAUAUCAUUUUUGUUUUGUUGUGUUAAUUUCUUUGUUAAUAUUUAUUGUCUCCUCUUUUUUAUAUAUCAUUGCAUUCAGUUUUGUUGUGCAGACACUUUUGAUAAGUAGGCUAGAGAUAUAUAUUAUGUUUGAAAUACCUAUAGCAGUGUAUAUGGAUUCUGAGCAUAAGCAAGGUAAUAGAAGAGGGUUUAUAAAGCGAUGAUACCAGGUAUAUGCUAUGGGACUCCUGGUUGCCUGUCUUAUACAGAAAUAUAUCUGAAUGUCAUUA